AUGUCGUCUCAAGACCCUCAGCAACCUCACACCAUACAAACGAGUGCACCUGUCAGAUGGAAUCGUUCACUCGCUCCGUCAGAGGAAGCCGCGGUCAAUGAAUCCUUUGCGCUCGAGGAAAGCACACUAGCCACACUCCAAACAAACCUAGAACUCGCUAUUUGGCGUCAAGAGGCCACCAGGGAGGCUUUGGACGCGCAGCAGCAGGAGCUCGAUAUUGCCGAGUGUCGCGUUCGGUCGUUGAAGACCGUACAUACCGAUUUAGAGAAAAUAUGGAUGGCAGUGACCGCUAUAGAGCAGGAAAAAAUCUCCCCUCAUGAUGCGAAUGCUCCAGGCAUCUCAAACUUGCUCGGCAUGGUCGAGCAGCUCAGUUCUAUGGUGGAUUCCAUAUUAAAUGCAGCGAGUGAAACCACAGAUCACUGCUUGACGCUAUAUAAUCAGGUGAACCACAAGUUUGGCGUUGCGCGUGCAUCGCUGAGCAUCUGGGAUGAGACAAUUGCUCGCUUUCAAAGCCAAAUUCAGUCUUCGAAGUCGCGUCUUGAGGACCUCAAGCGUCAUAACGCACCCAGCACUCGAAUCCCAGACGAUAUUCUUCGACUCCUCUUCCGGAAUGCGGUCGCGUUCGAUCGCACCCAUCAAAGGUCUCCAUCUGUUUUCUUAGAGGAGUGGAACUUUCGUGUUCAAUAUCCUGAAAUCCCACUCUCAAGCGUCUGUCACCGCUGGAGAACGAUCGUCUUGGACGAUCCAACCUUGUGGAGUCAGAUCUGCGUGCCACACUAUUUCACUCCCGGCCUCAGACGCCUCUUUGAGCACUACCUCACGCUGGCGAGCCGGGUUCCUAUCCACCUUUAUAUUCUCAUUCUGCGUGAACCGAGAACGUUGCCUGAUGAUCUCCAGCUAGGAAGGUCUGACCGGAUCUACGGUUCAAUAUCCAUUUUGAAUGAAAAUCCGUAUACGGACAUCUCUGCUCUUCUACAAACACUUCCUUCUCCUCGUAUCCUACGGCUGCUCUACGGACAUCCGGAUACCAAUCCAUCCCCCAGCAUAAUUCAUAUUCCGAUGAACAUGAUGGGCAGCCUCGAGGAGAUACACCUACAACACUACUGGGCGACAUGGACUGACCCAGCUCCGAGUCUCCUAGGCUACUGGUUUACUGCCUCAAAAUCCUCCUUGGCCACCCAUGAAAUGGUCCAUCCUACAUUGGUGCCAAUGAUUAAGACUCUCAAUAUUAUUGAUUCCAAUCCUGGACCAAUAACACCCUCCACACCACUCAUUUAUACAACCGUUGAACAACUCGGAUGUUCCUUGUCUUACUUCAUGUCAUCUUACUGCCACCAAUUUCGUUUCCCGUCACUGAAGCUUCUUGCAAUCAUCUGUCGCGGCAAAGGUACCAUAGAGGAAUGGAAACAUGCACUCCACAACAUGGAAACGUUUCCUACAACCCUAGCGUGCUUCUCAACCCAACAACAUCCACUAUUAUUAAUCCAAUGCGUCUCACUGAUUAAGGGACUGGAGACAUUGAGGCUACUCUCUGACACUGUAGACCACGGACUGGAUCUCAUUGUUGACGGGACGUACAAAACGGACGCUGAAACCACUGCUUCCACCGUAUUCAAGGAGUUGAAAAUGCUCAUUGUUAGCGAGUAUCGGGGUGAUGGUCAAUCUAUUGCUCGCUUUGUCUCUACAUUUUCACCACCUAAAGUGGCAUUGCGUGGGUGCACUCGUCUUUCACCCGAAAAUCGCCCGCUUGCUCAGUCGGAGGAGCGUGCAUUGAAGGAAUCUUUGGCACGCGAACGUGCAGAAGCUACAAAAAAACUGUUGGCUUCACACCAGCAAGAACUAUAUAUUCUUCGGCGACGUAUCACGGCCUCAAAGGUUAUACAUUCGGUUGCCGAGAAACUCCUCGAUGAAAUGAAGCCACUCAAAGAAUGCGACUAUAUUGCUCACGAUACAGAGGCCCCACGCAUCUCUAAAUUGAAUAAGAUGGUCGCGCAACUAAACGCUAUUGUAGAUUCUACACUACUCACUUCCAGCGAGAGCGAAGAGCACUACUCAGAUUUGUAUUCUCAGGUCGACCACAAGGUCUGCGAUGUGCAAGCAUCAUUAACGACCUGGGAGCAGACGAUUACUCGCCACGAAGAUCAGAUACAAUCGGCCAAAUCGCGUCUUGAAAAACUCAAAAAGCAAUACGGACCAGUCAGUCGUUUUCCGGAUGAAAUUCUUCGAUCUAUCUUCAGGGAAGCUGUCACCUUUUGCCGAAAAGACGAGUUAGACCCAAACAUAUUUCAAGAAGAAUGGAAAUUUCGCACCCAAUAUCGAGAGCUUGUACUCUCGAGCGUCUGCUAUCGUUGGAGGACAAUUGCUCAAGAAUAUGGAGCCCUUUGGAGCCACAUCCCCCUCCCUCCCUCUUCUUCUGCAGGCAGUACAUCUCUUAUUCUGCAUUAUGCUUCAUUGGCUAAUCCAGUGCCUUUGCAUCUUUAUAUCAUAUACAGACCAAAUAUGUUUCGGGUGCUCUCUCAGCAUCUCGAGCUUGUUGAUGCCGGUCGUCUCUGUAGCUCCAUAUCUCUCAUGACGAAUUAUGCUGAUAUCACCCCCUUUCUACUAUCCCUUCCUUCUACUUGCACCCUGCGACUUCUUACACAUGCUCGCGAUGGAUCACUAAAAACGAUCCAGAUCCCAACAAGCGUGACUUCCCACCUCGAACAAAUCUAUCUCUCUGAUUUUCAGGCAGUGUGGCUCUCCUCAAACGUGCAUCUUUCUCGCUAUGAGAGCCGCAUUUCGAGAAUAGCUUCGAUGACCCAUGCAAUCAUCCCCGCUUCAGCGUCGACCCUCCAGGUAGUCCGUGCCAGUGGCAUGAUGUUCGAACAAAGUUCGACCACCACGCCGUUGAUUCUUACAAGCGUUGAGCAAGUGCAGUGCUCACUAACUUCAUUCACCUCAUUCCUCUCGACUCAAUUCCGGUUUCCGGUGCUCCAACAUCUUACUAUUGACGAUUCGAGCGACAUAUCUAUCGAAGAUUGGAAGGAUGCGCUCGGAAAGCUCGUGAAAUUUCCGGGUUAUGUCGCUUGUCGCUCAAUCAAAGACGAUGUGCUCCUGCUGGUCCAGUGCCUUGCAUUGAUCACUGGUAUGGAAACACUAGAACUGGAAGGAGACACUGUCGAUGGUGUGCUUGACAUCAUCUUCGACGGAUCAUACAGAACAGACUUUCGAGCCAACGCUCCAAACGUAUUCAAAAAGCUGAAAUUACUCGUCAUCAGCUCGUACCACGGUGAUGGUCUAUCCAUUGCACGCUUUGCGUUUGCACUCUCUCCUCCGAAAAUAGCAUUGCGCGAAUGUACUCGCCUUGAGUUGCAUGUACAGGCCUCCAUUGCCAAGCAUACUUCCCUAGUCCCGUAG